AUGACGGCGCCAUACACUAUCCACACAUCGACCCUCUUCGACCCAAAGAGGAAGGCGUUUCUCUCUAACAUAUCAGUGACAGUGGAUCCCGUUUCUGGGCUCAUUGUUGAUGUUAUCGAGAGGACACCUGAGUCACUGGGUGGCUCCGUGCCAGAAGGCGAUGUUGACUUGCGACAUUGCGUCGUACUGCCGGGUGAGCGUCCAUCGGUAAAUCAAAAGCGCGAUGAGAGUGUGGUCGAGAGAAUAGUUCGAGCGGCAAAUCACUGCCGGACGGCGUUGCUCGCGGGAUACACUACGUAUCGAGAUCUAGGAUCAGAGUCGAUGAAGGAGUCUGAUGCCCAAGUGCGUGACUGCAUCAACCGCGGCCUCAUACCAGGCCCCCGACUCUUUGUCGCAACACGCGCAUUGGCCAGCACAGGUUCGUACGAGCCACGAACCGAAAACCAUGCCAAUGGAGUCUGUCUUCCCAGGGGUGGUGAAACAGUUGACGGAGUAGAGGACGCGCGGAUUGCUGUCAGACGGCGUCUCGCCGCCGGUGCCGACAUCAUCAAGUUCUUUGCUGAUUAUCGGCGACGUCUGAUGCGGUAUCCGCCUGUUCAGCAACAUCCAUAUAUCCUCGGUAUUCAACAUCCUCCCGCAGAUCCAAACCCGGACAUCCUAGUCUUUGCGCAAGAGGAAAUGGACAUGAUUGUCAAGGAAGCGAAAAUGGGAAGGGCUCCCGUUGCCUGCCAUGCAGGGACCAUAGAAGGCGCUAUAAUGGCAGUCAAGGCCGGGGUUGAUUCUAUCGAGCACGCAUACUUUGCUAAUAGAGAUCUUUUUGAGCUUAUGGCUGAGAAGGGCUGUAUCCUCGUUCCAACGUUGGCCGUCUGUGAGAGGUUACACAAGCAUAGGAUCACGGAGAUAUUGGGACAGACCAAGCUAGCCUACGAUAUUGGUGUGCGUUUUGCUUGCGGCGGUGAUACUGGCACGUAUCCUCAUGGUCAGAAUGUACGAGAAAUGGAGCUCAUGAUUGAAGCCGGUCUCCCAUUAGAGCAUGUCCUCGAAGCUGGAACUGUUGGCGGCUGGGAGGCUUGUGGUAAAGACUUGUGCGGCAUGCGCUUUGGAUGGUUUGAGAAAGGUGUCAAAGCUGAUAUUAUAGCCCUUGAGACGGACCCUCGUCAGGACAAAUUUGCCUUGAGAAAGAUAGAUUUUGUGAUGAAAGACGGCGUGGUCUGGAAGAAGGAUGGGAAGGGUGUUGGGCUGUAUCAGGACAAUCACAAAUGGGAUACUGAUUGA